CCGACAAUCACCAUCGCCGUGCUGACUGUGCUGUUUGUUGUCGUUGGCACUUGUUGUGUGGUGUGGUGGAAGGACACCUCUGAGACGAUGACAGAGACAAUGACUGGCGCGAUGGCGGGGGUGACGGGGGAGGCGAUGGCGGCGGAUGGGGAGCUGGCGAGGAGCGCCACACGGCAAGAGGGCACACAACACACGAGGUUUCUCAUCGAGAAGCACCGCAAUGGCAUCUUGACCGUGGCAAGUGUAGUUGAGAAGGAGGAAGAACUCCAUGUGGGGAAGAAGGAGGGGGACGACACGAGGAAAAGUGCACAACAUGUGCAGCAGCAUGUGCAACAGCAACAGCAACAGCAACAGCAACAUAAACAGCAACAUAAACAGCAAAAACAACAGAAACAGCAACAGCAGCACACGCACCAACAGCAACACCCGCAGGGCCACAGGGAGAGGUUAACAGCAAGGCGGGUGCUGGGGUUGUUGUCCAGUCAGACGGAAUCGGACGCCCUGCGACGGCUGUUUGUGGAUGUGCUGCAGCACGGGGUGGACGACAAUGGCCGCACUGGCGCCGGGUUCUUCUGGGAGUGCGAGCCAAUGACCUUGCACACACUCGACGACACAUUUCGGAUGCGGCUCGUGCCCGCGCCUGCGCUGGACGCCAUCAGCACAGACGUGGACGCCUUCAGCGAACACUUUGGCGGCACGGACGGCCAGCCGCAGCCGCGCGUGGUGCACUUCAGCAACCUGGGCGGCGACGCAGAGCUCACUGUGCCUGUUCCGCUGCAAGGGGUGGAUACUCGCGCGUAUGCGCACAUUGGCACAUACUAUGGGCUGCAAGACCGCGUCGCUGUGGCGGCAGACGGCGACCAGGAUUCGAGCAACGUCUUGUCGGCCUUGCAACAGCAGCGGCUUGAUGUGCUCCGUGUCGCUGCGGACCAAGCCCUUGCUCGCCUCCAUCGCCAGCCUGUCAUCUGUCUCUCGACAUCAGGGCUUGGUGUGAGCUAUCUCCAUGUGCGCGUGGACGAGCGGCCCAAGUACUAUGUCUCGCGCGACUUCAAGGACACCUACACACGGCUUCUGCGAUCCCGCACAUAGGUUGUGUGUGUGUGUGUGUUUGUGUGUGUGGCGGGAGGGGGCAGAGAACUCAAUCGUUUGUCUCGAUUGUCAUCAUCACUAUUGUUGUUGUUUAUGCUCUUGCAUGUUUCUUGCUUGUCUCGCUGGGUCUGUUUUAAGUUGGAGUCGAAUUGCAUCGUGUGGCUACAGUUAUCAUCAUCAUCACACAUUGGACAAUGCAAAUUUAAGUGGCAACGUGGCAACGCACAAGACACACCAGUCACAGAAAUACAUAAGCGCCAGC